AUGUCGGCCGACCUCCUCCAGCGCUACUACGACUGGGCCAACACGACCGAAGGGCACCUCCUCGACUGGGUGGACCCCGAAGGCGGCUGGAAGGUCCACCCCAUGGCGCACUACCCGCUCGCGAACUUUGCAAGCGUCUACGCCAUCUGCAUUGGCUACCUCCUCUUUGUCAUCAUUGGCACGGCGCUGAUGAAAAUGGGGAUCCCGGCCGUCAAGACGAGUCCCUUGCAGUUCGUGUACAACCCCGUGCAAGUCAUUGCGUGCUCCUACAUGUGCGUCGAGGCAGCGAUCCAGGCGUACCGCAACGGGUACUCGCCUGCGCCGUGCAACGCCUUCAAGGCCGACGCCCCCGUCAUGGGCAACGUCCUCUACCUCUUCUACCUCUCCAAGAUGCUCGACCUCUGCGACACGGUGUUUAUCAUCCUCGGCAAAAAGUGGAAGCAGCUCUCGAUCUUGCACGUGUACCACCACCUGACAGUGCUCUUUGUCUACUACGUGACGUUCCGCGCGGCGCAGGACGGCGACUCGUACGCGACGAUCGUACUCAAUGGCUUUGUCCACACGAUCAUGUACACGUACUACUUUGUGAGCGCCCACACGCGCGACAUUUGGUGGAAAAAGUACCUCACACGGAUCCAACUGGUGCAGUUUGUGACCAUGAACGUCCAGGGGUACCUCACGUACUCGCGCCAGUGCCCGGGCAUGCCGCCAAAGGUGCCGCUCAUGUACCUCGUGUACGUGCAGUCGCUCUUCUGGCUCUUUAUGAACUUUUACAUUCGCGCCUAUGUGUUUGGCCCCAAGAAAGCGGCCGUGGAAGAUGCCAAGAAGAAGCUGUAA